AACCAACGAAAGUUCUGCAAUAAAAAAACACACAAACGAUGAUUAGGUUUUUCCGUCGGCUUAUCUGUUUUGUUCGCGAUAGGCGACGGUACGCACUCAUAAUCACAAAUGAACGAUAUGAAGGUUGGUGAGCAAAUCGCUUGAUAAAGGUUUUCUUAUCCGUUGUCACUACUAAGUGUAUCCCAGUAUCAGUCUCACUUUGCCGACAGAUAGCGGAUGUUCGCGCGGAUUCCGCUUGCGGAAGUAUUGCUAUUGAGCAAUACUUAAGCUUCGAUCAGGAAAAAUACCGUUUCUGCAUGAACGGUUUCUCAGAAACCAGUAAAAAUUUGCUGCAAUAGGAAAAAAAUAACAACCGUACCGAUCUGAAUCUGUAUGGAUAAUAUUAUUAUAAUAUGUCAGUGAAAAAAAUAUUUAAUAAUGGGGAUACUAUAAAUACACAAUAAAGUACGUAUUUUUUAUCAGACAAGUGUAAAAAUAAAGAGUGAGAGAGUAAUUAAUCGGGUAAAAAGUUGUCUUUUGUUGUUUAAAAUCACAAACGCGCCCACAUCAUUUUUCUUUGAAGAUUUUCAACACGACGAAAUGGGUGCUACACCUUCAGCGCUAAGCGAUCACAGAAUUGUGAAGAUAAACUCUGCAAAUGAUCAAUUGGAAACGCAUUUUAUCAGUAAUCGAGUCAUAUCACAUAAGUAUACAAUAUGGAACUUUAUUCCAAAGAAUCUCUUCGAGCAAUUCCGGCGGAUAGCAAAUUUUUAUUUCCUGCUGACGACAAUAAUCGCGAUUGCAAUAGAAUCGCCUAUUUCGCCAGUAACCAGUGCUUUGCCUUUGUCAUUCGUCAUCCUGGUGACUGCGAUUAAACAAGGAUACGAAGAUUACCUACGAUAUAGAAUAGAUCAACGAGAUAAUUGGAGAUCUGUUAACGUUAUCCGCAACAAAUGCUCGCAGAAUAUAUAUUGCGAACAAAUAGUAGUAGGUGAUCUUGUAAAAGUCUCCCGAGACGAAGACGUACCUUGUGAUAUCGUUCUUCUUUAUAGCGAGACACCAGGAUGUUGUUAUGUCACGACAUCUAAUCUUGAUGGAGAAACAAAUUUAAAGACGUUACUUGUUCCGAAAGUGGUCUCAAAAAUUCCACUUUCAAAUAUAGUAGCCAUGGAAGCGACGAUCACAUGCCAGCAUCCUCUGGCUAAUCUUUACACCUUUCAUGGCAAACUCGAAAUUAAUAACGGUAACGAGACGGCCAGCGGACAUUUGACAAUAGAUAAUCUUUUGCUGCGCGGAUCAAGAGUGAAGGACACCGAGUAUGUGGUUGGCUGUGCGGUUUAUACCGGACAAGACACAAAGCUGUCACUGAAUUCAAAAGUAGUCUGCAAUAAAUUUUCAACUGCCGAGAAAUCUAUCAAUAAGUAUCUUGUUGUAUACAUAACGAUAUUAUUUAUUGAAGUGAUAAUAUCUCUGAUGAUGAAGCUAUACGUUGAAUCCUACGAAGAAUGGGACAGUUACUUGGGUGCACGACCUGAAAUCACCUUUUCUUCCAUAUUUACGGAUAUUCUGGGCUUUCUCAUCUUAUUCAAUUACAUCGUGCCAAUAUCAUUGUAUGUCACCGUUGAGCUGCAAAAGUUUCUCGGCUCUUUUUUCUUUUACUGGGAUUUGGACUUAUACGACGCGGCCAAUGAUCAGCCGGCAAUGGCCAACACAUCAGACUUGAACGAAGAGCUUGGUCAGAUUGAAUAUUUGUUUACUGACAAAACCGGCACGCUCACUGAAAAUCUGAUGGUGUUCAGACGCUGCUCGAUUGAUGGGAAUAUAUAUAUGGAAAAAGAUUGCGACGGAAAUCUUUAUCAACUGCCGCCGAGCGGAAACGAAGCGGAGGCUGUUAAACUGAUUUCAUGGCAGGCGGAGAUUUGGCACUUCAUGAUAAGCAUUUCACUGUGCCACGUAGUUCAAAUUGCGCCACCAAGCCAACGUCCCGUAAUCGUGGCCAAACGCAAAAGUUUUCGCGAGAGCUUCAGACUAAAGAAAAUCACUAGAGUCAACAGCUCAUUGAUGAUGGAUCCGGAUUUACCAGAAUAUCAGGCAGCAUCAGCAGACGAAAAGGCAUUAGUGGAAGCGAGCGCCAGAUGCGGCAUUGUUUUUCAAAAUACGAACGAGGAAAUGCAUGUCAAGAUCAAUGAAAAUCUGUUGGUUUUCAAGAAGCUGGAAAUACUGGAAUUCAGCUCGGAACGAAAGAGAAUGUCAGUGAUAGUGGAAGAUUCGGCGGGUGAUAUCUGGCUGUAUUGUAAGGGUGCGGAUUCAGCUAUUCUUCCACUGAUUGUCGAAGGAAAAGUUCAAGAAACUGCCGUUCACGUCGCCGAUUUCUCUAUGAGAGGUUUGCGAACGCUAGUGGUAGCAUACAAGAAGAUGAACAAAUCUGAAUACGAAAGACUAUUGCAAAACAUUGAACAGGCCAGGCAAAUAAUCGGCACAGAGCGAACGACAAAUAUGACGCGCGCGUACAAUCUUAUGGAAAGCGGACUCGUUUUACUCGGAGUAACCGCGGUGGAAGAUCGCCUACAGGACGAUGUGCAAGAAACCUUGGAAUCUUUACGAGUUGCUGGCAUCAAAAUAUGGGUGCUUACCGGAGAUAAAGCAGAAACUGCGGAAAAUAUCGCUUUUCUCUGCGGCCAUUUUAAAACAGGGACUGAGGUUUUAAGACUGAUGGAGGAGACUUCAGGGCACACCUGCUUCCUUAUUCUUACAACUUUUGAACGAAAAGUGAAAUUAGACCCAUACAAGCAGUAUGGGUUGAUAAUAGACGGUACGAGUAUGACAGCGACGUUACGAAAUUGCCCGGAAUUAUUUAAAUCCGUCGCAAUGGCUUGUGAAGCGGUUGUCUGUUGCAGGCUGACGCCCUUGCAAAAAAGCGAGAUUGUGAAUCUAAUAAAAAUGGCACGGAAUCGUCCGCACACCGCGGCUAUCGGCGACGGCGGUAACGACGUCUCUAUGAUACAAGAGGCGCACGUGGGGAUCGGAAUAUUGGGGAAAGAAGGUCGCCAGGCAUCGAUAUCCGCAGAUUUCGCGUUCACAAAAUUUAUGUACCUGAAGAAAGCGUUGCUGGUGCACGGACACUGGUAUUACCUGCGCAUCAGCAUCCUAAUGCAAUUUUUCUACAAAAAUAUAGUGUUCAUAACGCCACAAGUGUUGUUCGGAAUACAUAAUGGCUUUCGACGCAGGAACUUUAUGACGGUGUAUUUCUGAUGUGCUACAAUUUAUUAUUAACAUCGCUUCCAAUAUUGUUAUACGGAUUAUUGGAACAGGAUUACAACGCGACAAAACUUAUGCGAUAUCCAUAUUUAUAUAAGCUGAAUAAAAACAAUUAUUUAAUGUCGAAAAAACAACUUAUAGCGUGGAUGUUACUAGGUCUGUGCAUACAACGAGUUCGACAUUUUUCGACUAACAAUUAUAAAAAUUAUUUGUAUUAAAUAAAUAACCAAUUAAUAGUGGAAUUAGAAUUUGCAAGCCAAGCUUUUACAAAAUUAAUACAACGUACUGAUAAAAUAUACCCAAAUAAAUACUAACUUUGCCAUUA